CAGAAAGAGAGGGAGGCCAAAGGAGUGGGGCCGUAUAAAGAGAACAGAACACAAGCCAGGCUUUAUCCUGCCUGACUGUCCCGCUCACUUAGACCUCACAGGAAACUCCCCCGGCCCUCACACACUCCCUCAUUAUCACUCGGCACACUUACACUACUCUACUCUUACACAGUCUGACUGCGCUGAGUCUGACCUGAGAGGAUGGCCAUGUGGAGAAUGAAUGGACUCUGGAGAAGGAUGGCUGGAGCUCUGCUGCUCUGCGCUCUGCUGCUCAGCAGUGAGGUGAUGUGUCAAGAUGAUGCAGGAACAGCUGCUCCUGCUGCAGACGCUGAGACAGUUGCUGCGGCGUCCUCUGCUCCAGGUGCCUCUGCAGCUGCAGAUGUUGGUACAGCUCCCACUGCAGCUCCCACUGCAGCUCCCUCUGCUGCCGCUGGAGAAUCUGAUGCUUCUGCUACUCCUGCAAAUAACCCUCUCUCAGCCCCCCUUCCUACCAUUGCACUCGAUAACCUCCAGGGUGGAGGCCCCUCGGCCGCAACCGCUGCCCCCGUCGUCGACGACACCGUCGCAGAUGACUCCCUCAUAGUGAGGACCGUGGUGCCUGACGUCAUGUGUGUUGGAAAAGAGGACAUUUCUGAGAGUGAAGCUGUGAAGGCUGUGAUGGCAACAGAUGAUUGUGAAGCAACUAAACGCAUCAUCCAGGAGAAUCCUGCAGGCUGGUGCCGCAAGGAGAACUGUAAUCUGAAGGUCUUCCAAAGCGGAAACACGGUGCUGUUGGCCAGUGAAGAUGCUAACCUGGAGACUUUGGCUAAAGCCCUCAAGAGUGAACAUUUGAAAGAGAAGCUGGGAGUGACCAAGACGGAGACCCCGUCAUCGUCAGGCUCCUCUGUCUUUGUGGGAAUUCUGGUCUCCGGUCUGCUCGCCGCCAUCGCGAUCACCGUCGGUUACCUCAAGUGCCAACGCAGGACUGAGACUAAGGGAGUGAGGCUGGCGGAGGAGGCCCACCCAGCAGACCAGGAGAACCAGGGCAACACUCUGGUAUCUGUGGCCCCCCUCAACCCGCCUCCGGAGACCCCAGAGAAACCCAGCAUAAACGGAGAAUCCCCCCCCGAGGCCGACAAGCCCCAGCCUCCUCCUCCCACCAACGGCCACUCCACCACCAAGACAGCAGACACCGAGCUGUGAAGUAGACAAUAAUUGCAGCCCAGGAGCCCCCCCCCCCCCCCACACACACACACACACACACAACACUCACCCCCCCCCCCCUUUCUGAAUCCACUCCCGCCCCGCCCACAGAGAGUCCACAGCAAAGUGGACAUCAGGGACUCGAACAAUCUCCUCCAUCACUGCUCCUCUUGUUACGGCCCUCUUGCUUUCCUCUUCAGCUCUGCGCCUCGACGAACCUCAGGACACGUAGUCUGACGAUGACGGCGGUGACGAGUGACGAUGACGAAGGCUCAGUCCCUGAGUUAUUGACGACAGGCGGGCUGGGGAGGACAGACGGGGGCAGCUCUGGGUGUGAAGAGUGUUUUAGCUUUAGGCAGCACCGGGUCCAAUGAUGACUGCAGCCUCCUGCUGCCAACACCCAGCAGGCAUGGGUGGAUUACUGAGCGGGCACACAGGGCACAGGCACACAGGGCACAGGCACACAGGUCCAGGGGCCAGAGGGUCAGGGGCCAGAGGUCAGGGCCCAGAGGGUCAGGGGCCCAGAGGGUCAGGGGCCCAGAGGGUCAGGGGCCCAGAGGGUCAGGGGCCCCUGGAUAUCACCUACAGAAUGUCACUCAGACACAUGCAGACAAAGAGAUUCAAAACGACCACAAAAAGCAUCUAAACUCCUCUAAAGUCUGGGUCUUGCUCCUCUGUAGGAGCGGGGGGGGGGGGGGGGGGGGGGGUGUUGCAUGUCUGUGCCCAGAGGAUCACCAUCUCACAAUCCGCCCAUGCCUGCAGGCUCUCUGCGUGUCGUCAGCUUUAAACCCUCCACCAGUGAAUCAUCAAUCACGUGGAUGAAAUAGUUCCUUCGUUUCUUGUGCAGCCAGACGGAGAAGAAGUGUGUGUGUGUGUGUGUGUGUGUGUGUGUGUGUGUGUGUGUGUGUGUGUGUGUGUGUGUGUGUGUGUGUGUUGCUUUCAAAUCCUGCAUGUGUACUGUGCAUGAACACAUGCAUCGAAGCUUCCCUUUGCUUUACUGUACGUCCGGCUGACGGUCGGUCUCGAGGAGCACGUGAGUGAAUGAGUGAAUGUACAGUUGUGUGAUUUCCUUGAGGAGCAGCAGCCGCGUCCGUUAUUCUCUCUCCACAUCCCGUGUGUGUGUGUGUGUGUGUGUGCUCCUCCUGCUAUCAGUAUUCCUUUGAGCAGUGUGUGUCCAACCCUUCUGCCGAAGCGCUUCACAUCUCACGUUGUUCUAACAUCUGUGGCACCUUGUCUUUAAUGAGAGUUGAUCCAGAAGUCUUCUGCUUUAUAAACGUGUCGCAUUGAUUUCUCCUUUAAAACCCUGUUUUUGUAUCUUUUCAUUGCUAACAAUGUGACUUUAGUUUUUACUAUCAUCCUGUAGAUUGAAUUGGAUUAAAUGUGACAAAAUAAAAGAUGAAUAACUUUUAGGAA